AUGGGAUCGGACGGCGCGUUUCUGGCGCCGUUUGAACCGUUGGAGGAGAGGGGAGAGACUACUCCGUUUUCAUUGCUGAUAGCCAGCCUCCGGCUCGGGAAUGGCGCCGCCGGGGUUGACGGGCGAGCUUGGGGACAAACAGAGACCGACGACGACGACGACGACGACGCUGUAAUUUGCGCUGUUGGUCAGUCCCCAGGGGCUAACGUCAGCAGAGCAGAGGUUACCGGCACAGACGCGGUCAGGGUUGCAGCGCGAGGGAACUGCCAGCCUCUAUCUUCCCAGGUGAACGCUUCCCAUGACACCUGUCGCAUGGCGGACGGGGGUGGGCUCGCUGUCAUGGGUCUCGGCGUGCGACGCAGAUGCUUUCAAUAG